GGAGGAGCCAUGCUGCCGGCGGCCCUGCAGGUCCUGGCCUUCAUCCUGGCGCUGCUCGGCCUGCUGGGAGCGGCCGCCGCAACGCUGCUGCCGAACUGGCAGGUGAGCGCGGGGGCGUGGCCGGGGCCAGGGGCGUGGCCGGGGGCGGGGCCGCCGGUGUGGCGCAUGCGGGGCCUGUGGAUGGACUGCGUGUGGUUCGGCCCGGGCGCCUUCAGCUGCGGCGCCAAGCGCUCGCCGCUGUCGCUGCCGGCCCACCUGCAGACGGCGCGCGCCGCCACGGCGCUCAGCUGCCCGCUGGCGGCCGUCGGGCUCUGCCUGGCGGCGCUGGGGCUCAGGUGCACCCGCUGGGGUGGCGGUCGCCGCGCCAAGGCCCGGACGGCAGCGGCGGCGGGCGGCUGCUUCGCGCUGGCCGGCCUCCUCUGCCUGGUGGCGGCCUCCUGGUUCACCGUUGAGGUCGUCGCCGCCUUCCUGACCGCCGACCCGCCGGACGGCGGCAGGUUCGAGCCCGGCGGCGCCCUGGGCCUGACCUUCGUCUCCGCGGGCUUCCUGCUGGCCGCCGGCGUCAUCUUCUGCAUGUCCUGUCCCGGAAACGGGAGCGAGAGGCCGGAAAGGGCCCAGGCCCCUGUUGCCCCACCCCCGGCCCCUCCCCCAGCCCAGGCCCCUCCCCCAGCCCAGGCCCCUCCCUCGGCCCCAGCGGCGCCCAAAGCAAGGACAAAUCGGAGCGUGAGGCUACAGACGGACGUAAUGAGACCAGAGGGGGCGGGGCCACAGGGGGCGGGGCCACAACUGAUGGGGCGCCAAGAGCUGAGAGACAACUACAGUCUUCGGGAAUACGUCUGA